UCCGCCCGGAUCCUGGCCUAGUCUGCCAUGGCGCAGCGCCGCGUCACCGACUUCUUCGCGCGCCGUCGCAGGGGUCCCCCAGCCUGUCUGCCGCGGGCCAAACAGGCCCUGCGCACCCCGAGCCCUGCGAAGCCGGCGCCCGGCUUUCCGGCCCCCGCUCUGAGUGACCCGCCUGGUGGCAGCCGCAAGCGCGCCCGCCCCGCCGCCGACCCCGCGCGCGAUGAGCCCGCGCCGCCCGCGCGCAGGAGGCUGCGGCUGGCACCGCCGCCCGCCCCGGAGCCGGCCGACCCGGUCCCCAGCCCCAGCUCCUCUGUAGCCUCUGGCUCUCCAGCCCACUCUCCUCUGAGUAAGAAGAUAAAGAAGGCCACCAUCCCAGCAGGCCAGCUGCCCUGCCUGGCAGCCCAGGGGGACAAGAUCUCCAGGAAGGACACCGUCUCUGAGCUUCAGGCCUGCCUGCAGCGGGCACGGGAGCUGGGUGCACGAGUCCAGGCGCUGAGGGCCCAUGCCCAGGAGGAAGAUGCUGAGAAGUCUGCCAUGCCAGAGCCUGAGAGGGGUCCAGUGGAGCCAUGUGGCGAGAAGGUGCCCGCCUACCAGCGCUUCCAUGUCCUUGCCCAGCCUGGCAUCCCAGGCCUGGCCCUGCCCUACAAGUACCAGAUGCUGGCUGAGAUGUUUCGCAGCAUGGACACUGUUGUGGGCAUGCUAUACAACCGCGCCGAGGCUGUGACUUUCGCUAAGGUCAAGCAGGGUGUCCAGGACAUGAUGCGUAGGCGCUUUGAGGAGCGCAACGUGGGCCAGAUCAAAACCGUGUAUCCUGCUUCCUAUCGCUUCCGCCAGGAGCGCAACAUUCCCACAUUCAAGGAUGGCAUCAAGCGGUCGGACUAUCAGCUCACCAUUGAGCCGCUGCUGGACCAGGAGGCCAGCGGGGUGGCCCCCCAGCUCACGGCAUCUCGGCUCUUGCAGCGGCGGCACAUCUUCAGCCAGAACCUGGUGGCUCGGGUCAAGGAACAUCACAAGGCCUUCCUGGCCACCCUAGAUCCUCCCAUGGAGGUGCCUGAGGACCAGCUGACCCGCUGGCACCCACGCUUCAAUGUGGAUGAGGUGCCUGACAUCGAGCCGGCAGAGCUGCCACGGCCACCCCCUACAGAAAAGCUGGCCACUGCCCAGGAGGUGUUGGCCCGAGCCCGAAGCUUAAUGUCACCCAGGAUGGAGAAGGCCUUGAGUGACCUGGCUUUGCGUACAGCCAAGCCCAGCAGCCCCGGGUCCCCCUGCCCAGUCCUGCCAGCCAACCCGCCUGCCACCCCCAGCGCCCUAAAGGGGGUGUCUCAGGCCCUGCUGGAACGGAUCCGGGUCAAGGAGGCACAGAAGCAGCUGGCACAGAUGACACGGCGCCCAGAGCAGGAGCAGCGGCUGCGGCGGCUUGAGCGGCUGCCCGAGCUGGCCCGUGUGCUGCGUGGCAUCUUCGUGUCUGAGCGGAAACCGGCACUCACCAUGGAGGUGGCCUGUGCCAGGAUGGUGGGCAGCUACCACACCCCCAUGAGCCCUGGGGAUAUGGAGCAACACCUGCAGCUGCUCGCUGAGCUGCUGCCUGACUGGCUCAGCCUGCACCACAUCCGCACUGACACCUACCUCAAGCUGGACAAGGCUGCCGACCUUGCGGGCCUCACUGUGAGACUGGCCCGACUGGCCCGCACCGAGGAGGGGCUGUGAGCCACGUGCUGAUGCCUGGACACAGCUGGGUCUGUUUUUUAUUUUCCUUUCCUAAUGUGAUGUAUUUUUUCUCCCUUCUUCAGAAUUCCUUGUGGGGGGCAGGGGAUGAGGAGGGUGCUCCGAGCUAAUUGGCCCAGGGUCUCCUGCCAGCUACGUGGUGGGUCUGCCUCAUGACUUGUGUACAGCCUGUUGACAUUAAACUGGUUUCUGUUG